AUGUGUUCAAAGUAGCACAUUGGAUCAACCGACAAUAUGGUUGCAUUUUGGCUACUGGUUUUGCUAGCUGCCUCGCAGGCAUCAGCCCUUGAGUCUCCAAUUCAUGAUGAGAAUGGACCAGUUCCAGAGCUAUACCAGGUUGAUGAUAUGCUAUUCACCCCUGAACAGUACAGACAAGAGGUGCUAGGAUCUAUUGGAGGACGCAGCAAGCGCCAGUGGUCAUACGCAAAUACAAGACCUUGGUCGGGUAAUAACAAUGUUGUCCCAUACAGAUUUGCAGCUGGAUUCAGGAAAGAUUGGGAGCCAUUGGUCCGUAAAGCUGCACAGGAAUGGGAAAGGAAGACUUGUCUCAGAUUCCGCCCAGCUCGACCAAAUGACAAAAAUGUCAUUGAGUUCUAUCAUGGAAAUGGAUGUACCUCUCCAGUUGGUAUGAAUCGUGUCAACAGGAUCUCCCUGAAGUCACCUGGUUGUGGAAGUCACAAGACAAUCCUUCAUGAGAUUGGACAUUCCCUUGGUAUGGGACAUGAACAUCAGCAUCCAGACCAGGCAAAGUAUAUGACCAUACAGAACCAGAACAUUGAGGAAUCAUGGAGAAAAUGGUACCAACCAAUGGCUCGAAAUCGUGUGAACACACAUGGCUUUAAGUAUGACCCAUAUUCAGUCAUGCACUAUUCUGCAGGAAACAAAUCCAAGCCAAAGAUUCUCAUGAAAGAUCCUAAACUCCAAAUGGUUGUUGGUAGAGUGACUGAGCUCUCUAAUGGUGACGCCGCAUUCAUCAGGAAAACUCAUGGUUGCCAAGGAGGUACUGGCACAGGUGGCAAGGGUACAGGUGGCAAGGGUACAGGAGGAUCAGGCAGCAGUACAUGCAAGGGUGCUAAUGGUAGAAGAUCUGUAAACGGUGGACAAAAAGUUAGACAGGUAUUCACCAACAAAACUGGACGUCCAGUUAGAUUGUUCUGGGUAAACACAUCUGGGCGAACUAAUGCUGGCUGGUUGAUUCAACCAAACAGACGCCGAACUAUCAACUCCAACUCAAGCCAUGUAUUUGUUGCAAGGAUUGAAGGUGGUGCCUGGGUGAAGAUCGGAGGACAAUGUGUCAGAGCAGCAUCAUCGGGAAAUGUUGAUAUUAGAGUAUAACUCAAUCUUAUGUGUAAUAUUUGAAAAUAAAAUUAAUGAUGGAUAAAGUUUA